GAAUGCAAGCUGUAGGGGAAGUCGUUGUAAAUCCAUUUUUAUUGCCCACCCGAUUCCGGUUUAAUGGAGACCUGCGCGAACUUAAGACGUAUUACUCCCCACGUAACUCCGACGAGCAGUACAGAUCAAUUUACUAUAUAGGUGUAAUCAGCCUCAAGUACCGGAUAGUUGAGAAGCAAGAUGCGCAUGCGGACGAGCGAACACGACUAACAAGCGGUUGUAGCAGCCCACUGAAGAGAGAAAAAGUCAAAGACAAUGUAACCGUGGCCUUUGCUGUACAGUGGCAGUGGAAAGCUGGAGACUUACGCAAAUCCUGUGAAUUUUUCGUGCCAGCUGAAAAGAAACUGGACAAAUCUGCUUACGAAAAAGCCAGGAUCCAUUCCGGGGAUAAAGGCCAAACCAUUUCCUUUUUUAGAAAGGACUUUGACGGAAGUAUCAAACGAUGAAGGUAGAUCGCUUAAGUUGCACUGGAACCGCAUCGGAAUUCAAAACCAAUCCGUUUUGCAAGCGGAUCAAGUAUUCAUUUGGAACUGUCAACUGGCCCACAUUUUCGACAAAAGCAAGCGCAU